AUGACGCUGGCUACCCUUCGUGAAUCUAUCCAAGCAGAAUCGACUAUUCCUCCCACCUCGCAACACAUCUAUCACAACGGCCAUUUGAUUUCGGAUGAUGCGCAAACAAUGGAACAGCUGCAGAUUGCUGAUGGAGAAAUGUUGGCUCUGCACGUUAGAGACAUGAGAGGUAGCACUGGCGUCCCGGAACAAGCUCGACGCCCUCAACCUAGGAGACCGGCUAGAAAUGAGCAAGAUCCGGAACUCAUUCGACUUCAAAUCCUUGGUCAGCCUGCGUUGAGACAGCAGCUUCAGUCUCAGCACCCUGAACUCGCAGCUGCAGUUGACAAUCCCGAACGCUUCCGACAGAUCUUCCAUGAUAGCCAGAACCGGGAGCAACGUGAGCGGCAAGAGCGUCAGCGGGAGAUCGAGAGACUGAACGACGACCCUUUCAACAUUGACAACCAGAGAAAGAUUGAAGAAAUGAUUCGCCAAGAGAGAGUUAUGGAGAACUUACAGAAUGCUAUGGAACAUAACCCCGAAGUGUUUGGCAGAGUCCACAUGUUGUAUGUUGAUGUGGAAGUUAAUGGCCACCCAGUUAAGGCGUUUGUGGAUUCCGGUGCUCAAGCUACUAUCAUGUCUCCUCAAUGUGCCGAGGCAUGUGGAAUCAUGAGACUCGUUGACACUCGCUUCGCUGGUGUAGCCCGCGGUGUCGGCACGGCCAACAUUAUUGGUCGUGUUCAUUCAGCUCAGAUCAAAAUAGGCAACUUGUUCUUGCCAUGCAGCUUUACUGUUAUGGAGGGCAAAUCGGUCGAUCUUUUGCUUGGCCUUGAUAUGCUGAAGCGAUACCAAGCUACCAUUGAUCUAGCCAAGGACAAACUUUGCAUCCAAGGCGAAGAGGUUCCUUUCUUGGGAGAGGCUGAGAUUCCAAAGGAUGAAGAAGAAGCAGUUGUACGAGAGCCGACUUUGCCCGGCCCUGAUGGUACGACAAUCGGUCAGCGUUCUGGAGCCGUUGUGCCUCCUGGUCAACAGCAGCAGCAGCAGCAGCCUUCAGCUACGCCGGUGCAGACCGCUCCACCUGCACAGGCCCCGCCUGCUGCACCUCAAGCUCAGCCGGCCGCUCAACCUGCUGCCCCGAGAACUAACAUUUCGCCACAAGCUAUCGAGAGUCUUGUAUCGAUGGGCGCAACCAGAGAGCAAGCUAUACAGGCUCUUCAGGCUGCCGAGGGCGAUCCCGACGUCGCCGCCGGUUUGAUUUUCUUCUAG